ACAUCAAUGUCAACUUUCUGUUCUGUAAUCAUAAUCAUGAUGAUGAUUCCAAGAACUAUUAUUAUGGUAUGAUGCACGUCCGGCUUAUUCCUGCACUGACAAGAACAAUAUACGGAAGCAAUUUAUUGAAAACAUUUAAAAUUGCCAGUCCUGGGUACUCGAAUAGAGCAACGUUUCGGUGUUUUCCCGGUAUGUCGUCCAAAAACUCGAAGUCAGAAAACAAAAGUAAGAAGGAAGAAACCAUUUCCAAUGACUCGCUUUCAUCCAACAAAGAUUCUCCACCACCAUGGGUGACUAGAAGUAAAGUAUCCAUUGACAUUCAGUCUGAAAGAGAGAGAUUUUUGAGUAUGCCAUUAGAAGAGAAAAGAAAAUUAUACAAAUGUGGCAAGAAAUUAAAACUGCUAGACGAUGUUCCAACUUGGCCAGACUUCUACCAACAGAAUGAGAAUAGAUUGAAAAAAGCAGUUUCAAAAAAGAAGCUGCCCAAACUGUACCCAGUGAAUGAGGAGAUCAACAAAAGGGUGUCCAUUUGGAAAGGGGACAUUACCACCUUAGAAAUUGAUGUCAUAGCCAAUGCUGCUAACAAAACACUGCUAGGGGGUGGUGGAGUGGAUGGAGCCAUUCAUUCUGCUGCAGGAAAAAAGUUGGUGCAAGAAUGUUUGACACUGACUGGUUGUGAAACAGGGGAAGCCAAAAUUACUGCUGGAUACAAGUUACCUGCAAAAUAUGUAAUCCAUACUGUAGGGCCAAUUGGCGAAAAAGAGGACUUGCUAUCCAAUGCUUAUUCAUCUGUUUUGGGGCUGCUGAAGGAAAAUAAUUUAGCCUCUGUUGCCAUUCCAUGUAUUUCAACAGGAAUUUAUGGGUACCCAAGUGAAAAGGCUGCCCUUGUUGCCCUUAAAACUGUUCGAGACUUUCUUGAAAAAGAUGACACCUACAAAAAAAUGGACAGAGUGAUAUUUUGUCUCUUCAUGCCAAAGGACGUUUCUAUCUAUGAAGAGCAGAUGCAGGUUUAUUUUCCAAUAGAAGAUGCUGCUCUUACAGACGACAAAGGUGAUGUCGAGAUGAAAAACAGCGAAGAAAAAGUUGAUCCAAAGAAAAUAUCAGCAAAUGAUACAAAGACUAAAAAAGAAGAGAAAAUGGAUACAGAGGGAAAGGAAGAGCCCAAAUUGGGUGGGGAAGGAAAGAUGAAGGCAGAAAACAAAGAGGAAAAUAUGGAAACUGAAGACAGGGAAGUGAAACAAGAUGUUAAAGUGGAUGUAGAUGGAGAGAUAGGAAAGGAAUCCAAAGAAAAGGCAGCAAUCACCAAAGAGGAAAAAAUGGACACAUCUGAUGGUCCAGUCCAAGGCAAUAAGGAUAAAGCUAAUAAGGAAGCAGACAAAAAUGUACCGGUAAAUAGUGUCAAAAGUGAAGACUGUCAUUCUAAAAAUAGAGAUUCAAAUGGGGACAAAAGUUCUUCCAAAACAGAAAAGCAGACAACAGGAAAAGGAAAAUCUGGCAUUGUGCCAAAAACAGAAGAAAAAUCAAAUGUGGAAGAGUCUGUUGUGGAAACAGAAAGUAAGAAUGAAAAUUCUAUUGUGACAAGGAGGGCACUGAGACAUGCAGAACCCUGUGACCCAAAUCCGAAGGACAUGAAACAGGCAAAAAUGUAAUUUUGGUCCUGUUAUAUUAAUUAUUUACUCAUCAAUGAAGUUUUUGUGAAUUUUGAUUAAUAUAUCAUACAUAAUAUUU